CCCCGCCCCUCCAGCCCAGGUCGCCGCAGGCGCCGGAAGUGCUCGGCUCUCUGCUCGUUUCUGCCGGCGCUCCGCCGGAAGUACUUUCUCGGGAAGAUGGCGGCUGUGUCAGUCUACGAGCGGCCGGUUGGAGGUUUCUCUUUUGAUAACUGUCGCAGAAAUGCCGUCUUGGAAGCCGAUUUUGCGAAGAAAGGGUACAGGCUUCCAGCGGCCCGGAAAACUGGCACGACCAUCGCGGGGGUGGUCUAUAAGGAUGGCAUAGUUCUUGGAGCAGAUACAAGGGCAACUGAAGGGAUGGUUGUUGCGGACAAGAACUGUUCAAAAAUACACUUCAUAUCUCCUAACAUUUAUUGCUGUGGUGCUGGGACAGCUGCAGACACAGACAUGACAACCCAGCUCAUUUCUUCCAAUUUGGAGCUUCACUCCCUCUCCACUGGCCGCCUUCCCAGAGUUGUGACAGCCAAUCGGAUGCUGAAGCAGAUGCUUUUCAGGUAUCAAGGUUACAUUGGUGCAGCCCUAGUUUUGGGGGGAGUAGAUGUUACUGGACCUCACCUCUACAGCAUCUAUCCUCAUGGAUCAACUGAUAAGUUGCCUUAUGUCACCAUGGGUUCUGGCUCCUUGGCAGCAAUGGCUGUGUUUGAAGAUAAGUUUAGGCCAGAUAUGGAGUAUGAGAAAGCAUUCUGGACAUGUCUCACACAGGAACCCAGGAGAGCACUCUGCCUCUUACAUCUUACGCGGAUUGCCAGGACAGUAGCUUCUGCAUACUUCACAGAGAACUGCGAGGAGGAAGCCAAGAAGCUGGUGAGUGAAGCCAUUGCAGCUGGCAUCUUCAACGACCUGGGAUCUGGAAGUAACAUUGAUCUCUGUGUCAUCAGCAAGAGCAAGCUGGACUUCCUCCGCCCAUACUCAGUGCCCAACAAGAAGGGGACUAGGUUUGGCCGGUACAGGUGUGAGAAAGGGACCACUGCAGUCCUCACUGAAAAAGUCACCGCCCUGGAAAUCGAGGUGCUGGAAGAAACAGUUCAAACAAUGGACACUUCCUGAAUGGUGUCCAUGGAGUACCUGGGCUUCGAGCAGGAUGGGAAUCACCCUGAUGGGCUGAUCAGUGCUCUGCAGGAUGGGGGGUGGGGGGCAGUGGCGGCUCCCCCAUAAGACCUUCAUUUGGCGCAGUGUCUGCUGAAUGAGACCCAAUAAAAAAAUGAAAACCGGA